UUUGUAAUGGUCGAUAGGUCAUGCUCAUCGAACUGCACAAGAUAAAAAAAAAAUAACAGGAAGAGACAUGGGGCGUCUAGUAAACGGAGCUGGUCUUUUGGUUUUGUUGUGUUUCCAUGUUUUUGUGGUGAGUAAUGUGGCUGCGAGAGAUGGUGUGAUGAGCUUUGGCAAAGAUGAAGAGGAGAAGACCUUCAUAGGAGGUGGAAAGGGAUUUGGAGGAGGUUUUGGUAAAGGAGGUGGAAUCGCUGGCGGGAUAGGCAAAGGUGGAGGCAUUCUUGGCGGAGGCUUUGGUGGUGGUGGAAUAGGAAAAGGCGGUGGUUUUGGAGGAGGAUUCGGUGGAGGAAUAGGCAAAGGCUUUGGCUUUGGAAAAGGUGGUGGCUUCGGCAAAGGAAUAGGCAAAGGCUUUGGCAUUGGUGGUGGAAAGAUUGGACACAACUGAGAUAAACAAGAAGAAACUUGUAGUUGCAUUGCAUGAGAGACUUUGGGAAUAAAAUAACUUUGUUUAUUUUAAUAUGAGCUUUUAGACUAUCUAUCUAUC